AUGAAGCGGCAAUUGGUGGUAGUGGUGGCUGCGACGAUGGCAGCCGCGACGGUGGCCGGAGUAGCCUUUUUGGUUAGGCAAUGGAGGCGGCAGAGCAACCAACAGUUGAGCGCACAACGCAUCCUCCGUGAAUUUGCAAGUUGGUGCGCGACGCCGACGUCAAAGCUAUGGCAGGUGGCAAAUGAAAUGGCAUCGGGCAUGGAAGCAGAGCUCACACCCGGUGAUAGGGGCGGAAACCUAGGCGUUCCCGUUUCUUAUCUCGCAGGUCUCCCCACAGGGAAAGAGAAGGGAACAUUUUAUGGGAUAAAUCUGCGUGGAACAAAUUUUGUGAUAGUAAGGGGAAAACUUGAAGGCAAAAACGAAGCAUUGAGUGAUUUAUCUCGACAAGAGACUGAAAUUCCUCUUCAUAUACUGUCUAGUGAUGACUCUACAAAGGAAUUAUGUGCUUUAAUUGCGGUUGAGAUGGCGAAAUUCGUUGGGUUACACGUGGAGGGUGAUGGGAAGGUGGGAGGAAGAGAAAGGAUACUGGGCUUCACUGUAUCACAUCCAGUAGAUGACCUAUUGCCAUCUUCUGCCCUUCAUUCCAAAUGGAGACGCCUAUCUGUCAACGACGCAGUGGGAGAGGAAUUAGCACAAGAAAUGAACCACGCGUUGAAGAAGCAUGGCAUUGAGAUGCGUGUUUUUGCAGUAGUGAAUGCCACGAUCGGGCAUCUUGCUGGAGGAAGAUACUACAACAAAGAGAGUGUGGCUGCGGUGAGUCUGGGAAUGGGAUCAGACGUUACUUACAUUGAAUCAUUGCCUCAACAAAUAGUGAAGGAAUCAUCACCAGAAGCUGCAGAGACGGCUAUUAAUAUGCGAUGGGGAAACUUCUUUUCCUCCCAUCUUCCACUCACUGAGUAUGAUGCCUCCUUAGAUGCCCAGAGCGCUGAUCCGGGAUGCCGGAUAUUCGAGAAGCUUAUUUCAGGCAUGUAUUUGGGAGAGAUUGUGAGGAGAGUGCUGCUGAGAAUGGCGGAGGAGUCUGCGCUGUUCGGAGACGUGGUACCGCCCAAGCUAACCUUCUCUUACUCCUUGAGGUCGCCGGACAUGGCCGCUAUGCACCAGGACACAUCGCAGGAUUACAAAAUUUUGCAAGCCAAACUCAAGGAGAUUUUCGACGUACUCAUCCUAAAUUAUUUAUGGUUGACAUUGUAG